CGCAUUCAGUCUGACGCCAGCCGCUAACAUAUCCGAGGUGAGAAGCGGCAUCAUGAGACUCAUGUAUACAGAAUGUGCGGCGUGUGUGCUGUUGCUGCUCCUGGUGGUGGUGUACUUCCCCGCCAAGCCUCCGUCUCCCCCCAGUCUCACAGCGUCCAUGGAAAGGACAAACUACCUGCAUGGGAUCAAAGGACUUUUCAAACAUAAACGCUUCUUGGUGAUACUGGUCGCCUACAGUGUCCCGACGGGGGUGUUUGGCGGCCUUGGGGCUGCACUGGAUAUGGUCCUGGAUGGUGUCGGAGUAUCACAGUACCAAGCUGGUUGGAUUGGUUUUUAUGCCACGGUCGGUGGUUGUGCAGCGGCACUACUGAUGUCCAGGAUUGCUGAUCAAUUUCUACGUCACAUGAAGAUGAUGCUCCUGUUCCUAUUCGUCUCAGGAACAGCCGCCUGUCUCUGGCUUGUUCUGCUGCGUAUGUCCUAUAUCCCCGUAAAUCUAUGGUCACUGUACCUAUCCAACAUCUUGAUGGGAGUCUUCAUCUAUGCUUCUAUACCUCUGUUCUUCGAGCUUGGGUGUGAGGCGUCUUAUCCUAUUGCUGAGGGUGUGACGGUCGGUGUCCUCACCAUCGCCAACAACGUGACUGGUGUCAUCUUCCUGUCUGUCAUGCAGAUCCCGAAAAUAGGCGUUGUGUGGAUGCCUUGGGCAACCCUGGGCUCUGCAGCGGUUGGAAUACCCCUACUUCUGUUGUUCAAAGAGAACUACACCCGGACUGACAUAGACACACAAAGGAUAAUUGUUCCGGAACCUGAUCCAUAUCGUGCUACGUCGAUCAAUACCAACACUAAAGUUGGUUGACAGGAAAACAUCACACAUACUGACAGUGUAAAGGCAGAUGAUUGGCGAACAGGUGCUUAGUCUAGACGUGGAUCUCUUUACUAAUACUUGACGUGGAUAAAAGGAGUGUGAGUGAGUGAAUUUAGUUUUACGCCGCGUUUGAGCAAUAUUCCAGUAAUAUCACGGCGGUGGACACCAGAAAUGAGAUGGUGUUUGCUGGUAAACGACCUAGCUGUCUAGCCAGUUGUCAGUUUGUUGGCGGGGCCAAUAUCAUGGCACAAUAAUCCGUGUAUGAAAUUAGCCAAAAAAAACCCAGAAAGACAUCAGGGCUAGUAACUUAAAAAUGUUACCAGCCCCAAAUGGAUUUAACCUGACCAGACACCAAUGGUUAAUAUGGUAAAUUUCCUCACAUGUAUGGAACGUCUAAAAAUUUUAACAGACCAUCGGGCCGGCUAGCUGUAAUUUCAGACCGUCCGUAUGAAAUCUAGGCCGUCUGGGGCGGUCGGACGGGCCUUAUUUCAUACACUGCCAUAAUGAUUGAUUUGACGUCACUCACUUGUCACGUUUCACUCGACCUUGUUCCCACUGUGGUCCCAAUGUAGAUAAAACCGUUGCACGUAGAUAUGUUAUCGAACACAGGUCUUGUGAGCUCGUAGGGUUAACUUCCAUACAAGAGUUAGUUGCGUGAUGUACGUGAUUUUACAACACACUGUCUUUGGUGUAAUGGUGACUUAGAAAUGUGUAACGCACAUAUACGACAUGAAGAGAUGCCUGAAUGUUUUGCCUGUUUAUUCAACCAUUGAAACAAGACGGAGAAUGACAUUUCAAUGGUGUACUCGUUAGCUCUUUAAGCCGUGUUGGUGAAAACAGGUAUUCCCUUCCGGAAGCCUCUUCUUGGUGUUUAAAUUAGCGUUUGGCAAUGUUAUUGUGUCCUUGAUGUAUGUUAAUAAAUCACAGUUUUGGUUUAUUGUUUCUUUGAACGGUAUUCAGUAACGGUACAUCCGGUCAUAUGCAUGUGUAGAGUUCAUAGACCAUCCGAGCCUACAUAUGAAUUGCACACUAACAGAAAGAGUAAACAGAAAAUUAUUCAAUGUUUUCAUACGUUCACUGUGCUACAUAUAUGAAAAAUAUUAAAACAUGUACUACGUGAAGGUAAUUAGCUAGUGACCUUGAGAAUACGAUAUAUACAGAAUACUACACGAGGUCUCAUUAUAUACGAAUUAUACGAAACGAGUGUCCUUCCUAUGGUAUC